AUGGCUUCGAAUCUCCCGAUGAGCCCUGAAUUGGAACAGAUCCAUGGAGAAAUCCGUGACCAUUUCCGAGCCCUCGCGAAUGGGUUCCAGAGGUUGGAUAAGAUCAAGGAUUCAACUAGACAAAGCAAGCAACUUGAGGAACUCACUGACAAGAUGAGAGAAUGUAAAAGGUUGGUUAAGGACUUUGACCGUGAACUCAAGGACGAGGAAGCUAGAAAUUCUCCUGAAGUGAAUAAACAAUUGAACGAUGAGAAACAAUCUAUGAUUAAGGAACUCAACUCUUAUGUUGCACUAAGAAAAACGUAUAUGAGUACCCUUGGCAACAAGAAAGUUGAGCUUUUUGAUAUGGGAGCUGGACCCAGCGCUGAACCUACAGCUGAAGAAAAUGUUCAAGUUGCAUCAGAAAUGUCAAACCAGGAGCUUGUUGACGCUGGAAUGAAAAGAAUGGAUGAGACUGAUCAGGCCAUUGAGCGAUCAAAACAGGUUGUAGAGCAAACAAUCGAAGUUGGAACUCAAACUGCAGCUAACUUAAAGGGACAGACGGAUCAAAUGGGUCGUGUGGUUAACCACUUGGACACCAUUCAGUUCUCUCUCAAGAAGGCUUCUCAACUAGUGAAAGAGAUAGGAAGACAGGUGGCUACUGAUAAAUGCAUAAUGAUGUUUCUGUUUCUCAUUGUAUGUGGUGUUGUAGCCAUUAUCGUAGUGAAGAUUGUACACCCGAAUAACAAAGACAUUAGGGACAUCCCAGGGUUAGCUCCUCCAGCGCCAUCGAGGAAGCUACUGUACUUGAGGAAUCCAGAGUACAUGCAAAGAUAG